CGUAGUCAAGCUGCUGUUAGCAGUGGAAGUCCAGAUUGAUACAAUGAACAACCUCAUCAAGGGCUGCUGCCUGUGCCUGCUCCUAGUACUGAUUGACCAAGCGGAAUCCGCCCAAUCGUCGUCGACCAGAUUCAACGUGAGCUUCUCCCAGCUGGACUCCUGCGAAAGCUACUCUGUUCCGAACACAGGAUAUGGCUACCGGAAGUUCUACAUGCUGCGCGAGCUGAGCAACAACAACAGGAAGGCCGGCGAGCGGCUGCAUUUGAAAUUUUACGUCCUGACCGCCAUGGAUGCGCACAUCCUGCUCUCGGUGACGAAUCACCCACGCUUGAAUGAUCGCGUUUACGAGAUCGUGAUAGGCGCCGGCGGAAAUACGUUUUCCGCAAUCCGGAAUGCCAUGGGAAUGAGGCGGGUGGCCACGAGUCAAGAGCCGAACUUGGUAUCGCCGUACGAGCCGACGCCAAUUGAGAUUGUCCAAACGCAGAAUGGCGAGCUGUUUGUUUAUAUACCCGGCUUCAAGAAGGAGCCCCUGCUGCAGUUCAUCGAUGAAGCACCGCUGACCAUCAACUAUCUGAGCUUCAGCUCCUUUGGCUCGAACACCGCGCGUUGGUUCUACGACUGUGGCUUUGAUGGUUACGAGUCGGAGAUUGCACCGAUAGAGAAGGAGGAAACGAAAACUGAGAAACUGCUAAACCAACUGAACAUCCAGGCGGAAAAUGCCAGCUUGCCGGCUAAUCUCAGCUCCGUAUUGUUCCAUUUCCAAACGCGAUCCCUCGCCUACGAGCAAACCAAUUCCAUGCUCCAGACCCGCAUGCACAUGAUGAUGCACUGGCGGGACAGCCGACUUGGCUGGAAGCCCGCAGAUUUCGACUCGCUGGAAUCCUUCGAGCAUCCUGAACUGCGAAUUUGGAAGCCGCAGAUGUACGUCCUCAACGGUGCCCUGCAAUCCAUGGGUCAGGUCCUCCAAUCCUACGAGCUGAGGGUCUACGCCAACGGAAGCAUCACCCUGUACGCCCAAAACCUCCAGCUGGCCAGUUGGUGUGUGGACAGUGCCCGAAACUGGCCGAGCGAGCGCGUGACUUGCGACAUCGAACUGGGCCUCAUUGGCCAGGAGGGGCAGCAGAAUGUGGCGCUAAUCUACGAUGAUCAGCGCAAGCCCAUUGCGCCCAAUGAGCACGUGAACACGCCAUCCGGCUGGUCGUUCACGCAAAUGUCCGUGGUGAUGGUGGACAACGAUUCCCAGAGGCGAUACAGUCCCAAGGGUAUGAUGCAGAAAAUGAGCGGCGAUGUGGCCAUUGAGUUUACGCUGCAAAGGAAUCGUAACUUCUACAUGACCGUCUUCUACGUACCGUUGAUUGCCUGCCAGAUGUUCGUGAUAAUGUCCUUUGUACUGCGUUCUACUCGUAGGAGUUCCCUCAUCCUCAUCGCCCUGUUGAUCACAGCCUGGGGCUUAAUGUACAUGACGCGCCACGCCUCCCCGCAUUAUGUGCCGCCCAUGAUGACUGCAUAUAAAGUUAUCAUGAUGACCACCACCUAUUGCUACAUUCUGCACAUCUGCAUUAUUUGGCUGGAGUUGUAUCCACCCAGAUCGAAGGCACCUUCCUGGCUGGUUGGCCUGAUAAACUGCAAUGUUCUACGAUGUAUUCUAGGCCUAAGACUUGCGGAUUCCAGCGACUAUUGCGACAUUCAGGAGAAUCCCUGGCGGCAUCUGGCCAAGAUCCUGAACAACCUGAGCUCAAUCCUGGUCAUUAUAACCUUUGCCAUCGUAGAUAUUACGAGUGGGAUUUGAAAAAUAGAAUUUUUCUUUAUUGUGCAUUUGAGAGAAUAUUAAUGGUUCUUAAAUAAAUAAGAAGUAAA